AUGUGUGCUGCAUUUCUCAUCUCCGCCUCAUACGAUAAACAGAUCCGCUUCUGGGAUGGAGCCUCUGGCCGCACAGUCCGCUGUUUCUCCUUUCAGGACUCCCAAGUGAAUGCCCUUUUACUCAUUCCAGACACCACGUAUCUCGUCGUGGCGGGAUUUGGUGUUUUGCGGGUUUACGAUAUCGGCGCCGCCAACAAUAAUAAUAAUAAUACUAAUACUAAUAAUAAUAAUAAUGCUGCCAAUGCAAAUACAGCAGGAGGAGGAGGAGGAGGAGGAACGCAGGCCCCGCCGUUGUUUUCAUCGUAUGAGAAUUCCUCCGCGAUGAACAUGACGAGUCUUGGCAGUUUUCCCCUUCACUCUUUAAAGUGCGGUGCGGCCGGUGGGACUCUCUUUGCGCAGUCCAUUGAAGGAUCGAACAGCAGUUUAUUUAACGCCACGUUGGAUUUGUGUUCAACGCAACGGCCCUCGGGGGAUAAUCCAGUGGAGGAACUCGUGCCUGUGUUGUAUGCAACCUCUGAGGAUGGGCAUAUUCGCUUCUUUAGUGUGAAUGCCACUACGAAAUUAAAACUCAUUCGAGAUAUUUCUACAGGGGCGGCUAUUACCUGCAGUGCUAUUUCACCUAAUCGACAAACAUUACUGACAGGUUCACAAAUUGGACGUGUCUCUGUUUGGCAUUUACCAAGUAUUAUUGAGGCGGCCACACAACAAGGGGAAGGAUCUACGGAUAAUUCCUUUGGAUACCUGCCAUUACAGGAAAUUACAUUUGACUCGGAUUACACCGCUAUUCGAAGUAUUGCGAUUGAACCAUUAGCACGUUGGGCAGUAGCGGCAACAAAUGCAGGGAAAUUACACUUUUUACGUUUUGAAGGAGAAUUUAAUAAUAAUUUAUUUAAAUCCAAAGAUGAGAAUACUGAUAAAAAAGGAAUAUCAGAUGAAGAAGUUACAACCGAUCCACAAGGCGCUGAUCAAAGUGGAGCUACUGGAAGUUGUGAAACGACAACCGGCUCUGCUGUGAAACCUUCUUUUACGGAUAAUAGUUGUAUUCAACCGGGGAGUGUGUAUAGAUCCGCAGUUGUAAGUAAUGAGAUUGGUAAUAGUGCGUUAAAGAGUACUACACUAGGUUCCGCCUAUGCGGGUCAUAGUAGAGGAUCAACCGCUGGUAUACUUGUAGACAGUUUGGAUCCUAGUAGUCUGCAAGUGACAGUAUCUCCUAGUAAAAGUGAGGCAUUAUUGCGGAGUGAAAUGGCAUUAAAUACAUCUAUACAAACAUCUCCUCUUAGACAACAAUUCUAUAUGAAAGUUUUUCACUCUUUUCAGGCACAUUAUAAAUAUAUUUUAAAAGUGGCUAUUUCUCCUAAUACAGAUUUAUUGGUCACCUGCUGUGCAGAUUACACGGUUGGACGUUUUCUUAUUCCCCCAGAACUUCAACAAGGGGAUCAACUUAAAUUACUUCAACGUGAAGAUAUUGGACCAUCCAGUAGUCAUGAAAGUGAUCCCACCACUUCUACUACUAUUCCUAUUGAUUCUUAUCCAGCAGAUGUACUCGCCGCUACUUAUCCAACACGUGAAGAAAAGACACAAGAAGCCAUCAACACAUCAGCCUUAUUACAUCCCGUGAAAAGUGGAUCUACUAAACCCACUGUAUCGGAGAAACAAGAAAACACAACGGACAUUCAACCAACCGAUAUCACUAGUGAUAAUGCAGAAAAGCGUAAGACCAAUACAACUAUAGUGGAUCCAGCAGAUGCGCAGCCAUCUACACAGACAGCAGCAGAAGAAAAACCCGCAAGUGUACGGCCAGUAGAUGUCCCCGAUGCCUCUUCCAUGUUAUUCUCUGUAAUCCCAUCUGUAAGUAUGGAAGGACAAAAUCAAUCUCAUCCCAGUGGUGUAUUGCAGUUUAGAUCACUGAAACCGAUGGUGGGCCAUACACGAUGGGUGUGGGAUUGUGUUUUCAGUGACUGUGGUCGUUUUCUCUUUACGGCCAGCAGCGAUCAAUGUCUGCGUAUGUGGACAGGCUUACUCGCCGAUCGAGUGCAAUCUACCUGCUAUGUUGGACACACAAAGCCAGUCAUUUGUUGUAUACUGUACUAUGAAAAGAAAAGAAACCAAUUCUAA